AUGCAAAAAAGCUUAUAUUUUUAUAUAGGUUCUAUCAUAUAUUUUAAUCUUUAGUAUAAAAUGAUAUUAAAUAAAAUAAAUAUUAUUAUUCUUAAUCAGAUUCAAUUUUAUAUUGGUUAGUAAUAUUUAAGCUGAAUUCGAUUGUAGAAUAUUUCUAUUAUACCAAAUUAUAUCAAUCUUUAAAUAACACAGUAUUGUAAGAUAACCAUUCUAUAGAAUUGCAAUAGAAAUAGCAGAAAGUUUAAAUCAGACAAUAUAAUUUGAACAAUAUCAAAUAUCAAUCUAAACCCUUAGGUUAUCAACUCUUAAAAUUAAGAUUCGAAUAACUUUUUGAGUUUGGAAGAUACAGAAAGACGAUAUUUCAUCCUUACAGAACAAAUUUAAUAAGAAGUUGCAUUAAGACUUAGAAAGAUUCUUUAUAUGUAAUAUUUUAAUGCUUUAAUCAAUCAAAUGCUCAAAAUUUGGGCUUUUUGUGUAUAAAUGAUUAUGGAACCAUUAGAUGUUUGCUAUAGUAAUUUAGCUACUUUUUAAAUGAUAUUUUUAUAAAUAUCAUUGUAUUAAUAUGUGGAAGGGUAUAUCUUAUGUUUAAUAGUAUUGAUAUCAUUACCAUUUAUAGUAUUAAUUAUAUUAUGAAAUAUGUGAAAGUAAAGAAAAUAGAAUUAUGA